AUGUGCCCUUCCUGCUUCCAGAUGUUUCACAACCCAUCGACGAGCCCAGCUAGCCUGGCGGCGUACAUGCUUUUCCUCAUCAUCACUGCAUUCCCCGUCAACUUCCUCACGCUCUACGUCACCGUGCAGCACAAGAAGCUGCGCACGCCACUCAACUACAUCCUGCUCAAUCUGGCUGUGGCUGACCUGUUCAUGGUGGUGGGAGGCUUCACCGUCACCCUCUACACCGCCCUGCAUGGAUACUUCGUCCUGGGGGUCACCGGCUGCAACAUCGAAGGCUUCUUUGCCACGCUGGGCGGUGAGUGCGUCAUCUCUGCAGACAAACACUCCUGA